UUUGUCCCGGUGGCUCGAAUUAGGCAAACGAUGGAGCUAAUUAACGCGGUGCUGGCCGCGUUCAUCUUCGCAGUGUCGAUCGUGUAUCUGUUCAUACGCAAUAAGCAUAACUAUUGGAAGGACAAUGGAUUUCCGUACGCUCCGAAUCCACACUUUUUGUUCGGGCAUGCGAAGGGCCAGGCCCAGACGCGGCACGGCGCCGACAUCCAUCAGGAGCUGUACCGAUACUUCAAGCAGCGGGGCGAACGGUACGGCGGCAUUAGCCAGUUUAUCGUGCCCUCGGUGCUGGUGAUCGACCCGGAGCUGGCGAAGACGAUCCUGGUGAAGGAUUUUAACGUGUUUCACGAUCACGGCGUGUUUACCAAUGCAAAGGACGACCCGCUCACGGGACAUCUGUUCGCACUGGAGGGCCAACCGUGGCGGUUGAUGCGCCAGAAGCUUACGCCGACGUUCACCUCGGGCCGAAUGAAGCAAAUGUUCGGCACAAUAUGGGAUGUGGGGAUUGAGCUGGAAAAGUGUAUGGAGCAAAGCUACAACCAACCGGAGGUGGAGAUGAAGGAUAUCCUGGGCCGUUUUACGACGGACGUGAUUGGGACGUGCGCGUUCGGCAUCGAGUGCAAUACACUUAAGACGACAGACUCGGAGUUCCGCAAGUACGGCAACAAGGCGUUCGAGUUGAAUACGAUGAUCAUGAUGAAGACUUUCCUCGCGUCGUCCUACCCGACGCUGGUGCGCAAUCUGCACAUGAAGAUCACGUACAACGAUGUGGAGCGAUUCUUCCUGGACAUCGUGAAGGAAACGGUCGACUACCGGGAGGCGAACAACGUGAAGCGGAACGACUUCAUGAACCUGAUGCUGCAGAUCAAGAACAAGGGCAAGCUGGACGAUAGUGAUGACGGUAGUUUGGGCAAGGGAGAGGUCGGCAUGACACAGAACGAGCUAGCGGCCCAGGCGUUUGUGUUUUUCCUGGCGGGUUUUGAGACGUCGUCCACCACACAAAGCUUCUGUCUGUACGAGCUGGCAAAGAACCCGGACAUCCAGGAGCGGCUGAGAGAGGAAAUUAAUCGAGCUAUUGCGGAGAACGGUGGAGAGGUGACGUACGACGUGGUCAUGAACAUAAAGUAUUUGGACAAUGUGAUUGACGAAACCCUUCGGAAGUACCCACCGGUGGAAUCGUUAACCCGCGUACCGUCUGUGGACUAUCUCAUCCCCGGCACAAAGCAUGUGAUCCCGAAGCGAACACUGGUGCAAAUUCCAGCCUACGCGAUUCAGCGCGAUCCGGACCACUAUCCCGACCCGGAACGGUUCAAUCCUGAUCGAUUCCUACCGGAGGAAGUGAAAAAACGACACCCGUUCACGUUCAUCCCAUUCGGCGAGGGACCACGCAUCUGCAUUGGGCUGCGGUUUGGCUUGAUGCAAACCAAGGUGGGAUUGAUUACGCUGCUGAGAAAGUUCCGCUUCUCGCCGUCCGCGCGUACGCCCGAACGGGUAGAAUACGAUCCGAAAAUGAUAACCAUAGCGCCGAAAGCGGGCAACUACUUGAAGGUGGAAAAGUUGUAGUCGGCUAUCAGUACAAACGUUUCGUUCGUUGGGUGCUGAAGCUCUCCCGGGGUUUAUAAUUUUGUGUUGCAAUAAAAGCAAAACAAAGCAUCGCUAACAUAGAGGCACAAAGAA